AUGCCUCGUCAAACCGGUCCACGUAAGCCCACGGCCAAGCAGCUGCUGAAGCAGAAGCAGAAGGACGAGAAAACGCGGAAAAAGAACGAGCAGACGUUCGCCAACGCCGUGCAAAACUCGAAGAGCACCAUUCUCGAUGUGGACAUGCGGUACGUCAUGGACACCUUGCGGGACAACCCUUCGUGGAUCAGCCCACUCGCCGGUCUCAUUCGUUCAGGCUCACUCAACGGACUCCUGAAAGAGGUGGCCGCGAAGGACGAAGUCGGCGGGCUGAAGUGGAAGGCCCAAGGCAAGUGUAGCAAGUGGGGACAGCUUCCGCUGGAGAUGUGUCUCCUGAUGCUCAGGACAUCAGGGGUGGAGCUCUCCGAGCGGGCCUCGAAGGAGCAGGACGUUGUUCGGACUUUAUUCGCCGGACACUUCUGGGUCGCUGAGUCUGCACCCUUGCCAACUCGUUCGGACCUCCGCUAUCAGAGCACGCUGGUCAAGCUGGCGAAAGCUCGGCUGGAACACGCCGUGCAUCGCAACUGGGCUGGUGCCCUCAACGCGGAGGCCCCGCUGGACCACACCACGAACCGGCUGAAAAUGUGGUCGCUCAAUGGAAACACGCUGGUUUGUCAUGUUUUUUCGGUGGACGAGGACGAGAAUCUCUCGAAGGACUGGAAACCCGGCCAAGAACUUGAACAUGAACUUCCGAAAUUACCCGACGGCCAGGACUGGAAGCUGAGUGAUGCACAUUCACCCGAUUGUACCGUGUGCGAUGGACAAGUUCACUCCAUGUUCGAUUUCGACUGCGCCAGCUUCUUCCCGAUGUUGCCGGACUUCAAGGAGAAAUGGAACUAUGAUCUUCCAGCGGACACAGACACAAUGGCCAUGGACGGCGGUCUCGGCGGGUCAUCGGAGAGCUCGUUACACUUCGGUACCAGUUCAUUUUCUGAUAUUCAGCUCCGCUCCUGCAGGAAACGAAAGACGACCUCGCAGGACCCUGGCACGGAGGAGACAAACAUGGACCUGGACACAGACACGGACAAACAGCUUCCCGGCGAUGAAGAAGUCGAGAAGCAAUCUGGGAGCACACGUGUUUCGGAGUUUUCCACGUCGACAUUCGCGACCGUUCUCCUUCUUUUCCACUGGCAACAGGGCAUGCGUAAGGAUGCCAAAUGGAGAAAGCACAAAGACACUGUGGUCAAACUCGCCGGAGAUGUGUUGCAAGCCUUCGCCUCGUUGUUCCUGGUGGACCACACGUCGGUGUUUACGUGGGAGGAGCAAACAACUACACUUGUGUUCCAACACGGUAGUCUGGAUGUGAAGCAGCUGCACAAGCAAUGUCCAGUUCUACAGAGUACGAUAUCAACAUCACGACCUAGAUUCCUUCAGGUCCUAGAAGAUGUUGCGUUGGACUGCUCCAAAAGGACAAUCUCGCAAAAACGACGGGCAGCUGCCCUCAGGCUGCGGUGCUUCUUGUUGGAGACAUUGACAGCAGCCGUGGAAACGUCGGAGAGUACACACUCGUGUUGGACGUCGUUGAAUGUGAAGCAGCUUCUGCAACUGAGGAGUGCCGCUGGGUAUCGUCGUUCUUCACAUGUCUUUAAAGAAUCGAUGACUGCUACCUCCAGUGCCACACAGCGGACAUUGGUUUCCACUUUGGAAGGGCACACGUUCACCGUGGAGGACACACCCACGCAGGACGCCAAGAACGCGAAGAAAAAGACUUCCAUGGACGCACACCGGCUCACACGCAUGGAGAGGUACGCAUACCUGCAGGACGGCAAGCAGCAGUUCUUUUCGACGGACAUACUGUGUGUCGUUGCAGAUGCACUACACGUGGGCAGCGAGGAUUGGCUUAACAUCAUGGUGUACAAUCACACGAAGGGCAAGGUCUGGAUUUGCCCGCCGCAGGUGCAGGACCACUCGUCGUGCUUAACGGCCGAAGAAUGGACCAAUAUGUGGAGCAGAGCAUCGCAGAAGUUUCUGGACGGUGACAAAACUCGUGGUUCUGCUCAUGAGGGCACAGAAGAACGGGUGUCAACGCUGCAGUGGAUGCAGGACAUCAACCAUGGACUGAAACCCUUGGGAUGGUCAUUCGGACGAUGUCAACUCAGAGCACAUGGACAGCCGUUUCGUGGCUCUGAGGACAGUACACGCGGUUCCCGGGCGCCCAUCAUCAUUUUGUGUACAGACCAGGAGUCCACGCAACUCGCCGCAGUCGCUUUCUUGAGGAACAAGAAGAACCUGUGGGUGGAACACGUGUCGGGCCCAGCACAUCGGUCUCACAACGACGUGGCCUUGGCCAUGUCUGGAGCAGGACUUCUCAAAUUUGCACAGUGGUGCAUCUCGUUGUACAACAUCAGAUACGGACCGUGGCAGAAGGGCACAUGGUCCAAGAAGAUCCAGCAGACGGCCCAACACAUGAAGGACAGCAUGGACCCGUCGGACCCAGUUUUGCUCAUGUUCUUCGAAGACAUAUUGCUGGACGCUGGUCUCCCACUGGACAAUAACACGGAGGAGACGCGUAGGGCAUGGCUGCAGACCUUGCCCGAAUUGGACUGCAUCCGCACAAAGGGCACCAAGGCCAGCAAGAGUCGUUUCAAUUCGUUAACAACAGCUCAUGCUGCGUUGGACAAAGAAUGGUCCGUCCUGGCACUUGUUUUAACGGUGUGUUGUUUGGAACACAAGUGGACAGUUUCCGCAAAGGACCUUUUCACGCAGGACAGCAACCAGGCUCGUGCCUCCUUAACACACGGUGGAAGCAAGUCCUCUGCUGUGAAGGAGGCAAAGGACUCCAUGAACGAAGCACGGCAGGGCAAUGCGAACAGUCUCCACACGAUGACGAAGUUCAUCAUCCUGCCGGACAACAAGACGACCGCCAGAUUGGUUUUCCUCGUGCUACAACCCGAGCAGCUUCGCUGUUCCAGGAUGCUGGAGGAGCUUCGUUCCAGUGCAUCCACGUUGGCGUAUUAUUCGGAGUGGUCACAUUGGAGCUGGAUGACCACUGCAAAGGAGCACCUGCAGACCUGGUCGAACUUGGACAAGCUAGCACGCCUUGGACUGGACCUUGCACUUUCACGUGCACGCCCGCCGGACGAAGAGGAGUUGGUCUGGCAGGACACUCUAGCCCUGCAAAUGACGAGGCUGACACAUCAGAUCUUGCGUUUGCGUGCCGGCGCACAGCUCUACCACACAUGCGGUUUCGGUGCUACUGCAGGACUUGUCCACAGUGACCCAGGGUUUCGUCGUUCCAGUUUGGACUACUUCAAAGAGAUGGAGGAGUGCAUCAAAGACACACAGAGGAGUGGUUCCCUCAGGGCCAAGCAACUACUCGCAGGUCACUUUUCCCAUGGACAAAUCAGUCAGUACCUUCUCGCAGAACUGCAGAGCACUCGGUUUGACAACCUUACAGAGGAAAUCGAUCACGUUCUCCGAAGUAUUUGGUCUGGGCUCUUGAACACGAAGAUCAUCGAGGACUGCAACAAAGUUCAACGCGAAGCUGAACAACGACAUGGCACAGCAAAGGACUUAGGACACUUGGAUGGUUGGAAAUCUGUGAGCACGUCGGGCUUGGUCAAGAUGUACAAACGCGAGGAGGCAAUCACCAACCAGCUGCACCACACGCCGGCCGACUUUAACUUGACGAGCCUCUUCAGCAAGACGACGGCCAACAAUCUCGCAAAGCGUUCACGUCGUUCCACGAAAUCUGCGAGUGCAGAGAUGACCCCGGCGGAGAUCCAGGAGGCACAGCUCCUGGCAGACGUCACGAAGCGCAGGGACUGGGCGUCGCACAACCACUCGGAGGAGCAGGAGGUUCUCGCAGCAUAUUCCUUGUUGAGGAAGGCAUGGCGAGCCAAAACUUGGCAGUUGUGCGAAGAAGGCUGGUGCUCUGGACUCCUACCCGAAGGACACGCUGUACUCGCCGGUGAAUCCCCUUUGUUCAUCGUUCGGAGCUAUCGUGUGGCCUGUUUGGCAUGGCCUGGCAAGAUUGUGCACGACGCCGGGUCUGAUUUCUUCGAGUUCGACAUGACCGUUUCUUCUUUGUAUUGGAUGCACAGCACAUCCGUGGACACGGUUGUUUUGAAACUGCAAGGCAGCUCGAUGAACAAUGGCGUUGUUCUUCUAGUGGACAAGAAGCUCAACUUGCUGGAAUUUCACGCUGAGCACGGGACAGAUGCCGGACAUCAGCUGGCCAUUGCAGCCAUGUUGAACGUAGACAACACGUUGGUCGAAGAAGACGUCGUACUUCGAAUCCUCAGCAGACACGAGACAGAAAAGUGGAUGCCGGAGGCAGACGACAAGGACUUGGAAGCUGUUGUUCGGGACACACUUUUGAUCGGCGAGCAGGACGAGGCACUCAAGGAACUGAGCAGACGGCGUUCCACAGUUUCAGCUAAGGUCCUACGGCCGAAGGUCAUCACGAUGUACAAAAAGGCCGUGCAGGACCUCGACAAGGACCACUGGAAAAGAGGACAAGAAGCACGCAGGACGAAAACGAAGGACAACGAGAAGAAGGCUACUUCAGCUAACAAGACGUACGACCGGGUCUACGGGAAGCUGAACUCCACGGUGGACGAACGCGUGAAGAGCAUGUUUCCACACAGCGUUGGAAUUUAUACAGACCCGCCGAACGGCAAUGCCGCUCGUGCUUGUGUCGAGCAGGCUUGGGCAUGGGUAGAGGCACACGAAGGCCGGGAACCACCUGCGAAUUUGCAGAUAGCCAUGGUUGCACGGCCGAAGUUGAAGGAGGUCGGCCUCUCGCAUAUGCCGUCGGCAUGGACAUUGAAGAAGCGGCCGGACCUUCGCAAGGAGUACACCCAGAGAGCUCAGGACGGCUACAAGAAAAACCAGGCAUCAAAAGACGAAUAUCGCCGUGCGAAACGACAAGAGAAACCCGUUUCGCAAUCGAUGGACUUGCCUAUGGUCAGUGAACCGGAGGACUUCGAUGGUCGUGGUACGUUCCGUUGGACAAUGGAGGAAUGCUUGGAACCCGCAGGACACAUUGGGCGAGGCACAUACGGGGAGGUCUUCGCAUGCCAUUUCCAGGACCUCCGCCUGGCGUUGAAGGUCGCCGUUCGUACGCCGGACAAGGACACCGCAGUGGUCGACACACACACGGAUGGCCUGGAGAAGUCUUGGGACUUGACACGGGAGUACACAAUCCUGAGCAAGAUCGGACCACACCCGAACGUUGUGCAGCUCUACGCUUUGCUUCAAUCCUCGACUGGACACACAGGCAUUCUCAUGGAGAAUGCCUCAUUGGACCUUUUGAAAGUUGUUCGGCAGCUGCACGCAGAGGACACUGAGGACUCCGUGCCAUGGACAACACGACGAGCACAUGUCACCACAUAUUUUCGGCAAACACUGGCCGGACUGGGCUAUGUGCACAGCAAGAACAUCGUGCAUUUGGACGUCAAGACGAACAAUUUCCUGGUAUUCUUACCCGCGCACCGUGUUGCAUUGUCGGACUUCGGACAUUGUCGUGCACUACCCGUAGACGGACAAACACGCGUAAGAGCUGACGAGGUUUAUGCAGCGUACUACAGACCCAUCGAGUGCCUCUUUGCUGGUGACAAGAAGGUCGACGUCAGCACCAAGGCGGACAUGUGGGCACUCGGCGUGGUCACGUGGGACUGUUACGCUCGGACUCAUCGAUCAUUGUUCGUUCCGGACCCGAAGCUUCUCGUUCAGAACACGAAGAGCUUGGAGGAAGCGUUGACUCGUUUCCGCCUCCAAUGGACCGGCAGGACAUCGGACAUGCACCUCAAAGAGGACCUCAUCGCCGGAGCCGUUUUCAGUAGGACUUUUCAGCUCGAAAAGGACAGGUGCACCGCGGUGACUUUGUACAGAGACUUGAAGUUGCCAAUUUCCAAGACAAUCGAGACACUCCAGGAACCCGAGGUACCAAGCAGUUAA